AUGCCAUUCCGAUUUUCGCGCUCGACGCGACUAUACGUUGUUAUUGCUAUAUCAACAUGUUUCUUUCUGGGAGAGAUUUCAGUGGGGUUCUAUACACAUUCGCUAGCGCUCAUUGCUGAUGCCUUUCACUACUUAAAUGAUUUGAUUAGCUUUGUCAUCGCAUUACUGGCAUUGAAGGUCUCAGAAAGUGGCGACUCACCCAGUGGUCUUUCCUUUGGAUGGCAACGAGCUCAACUACUAGGUGCAUUCUUCAAUGGUGUUCUCCUGUUCGCACUCGGAAUCAGUAUUUUCUUACAAUCUAUUGAACGAUUUAUCGCUCUACAGCGCAUCGAGGACCCCAAAUUGGUGUUGAUUGUUGGAUGCAUUGGCUUGGGCCUCAACAUUAUAAGCGUGCUUUUCCUCCAUGAACAUGGACAUGACCAUGGCCAUGACCAUGGCCAUGACCAUGGUCCACCGACAAUUGAAGACGGACUUUCUCCUAUCAGUGACGAUGAUCAAGACUCCAUUUCCAAGCAUCAUGACCAUAAGCAUGUGCAUUCCGAAAAACUUAGUACAGUAUCCGCCCAUGUUCACGAUCACGGGCACGAACACGCACACGCACACGAGCAUGAUCAUGGACAUGGACAUGGACACGACCACGGCGAUCUCGGCAUGAUGGGAGUCCUCAUACAUGUACUCUGCGACGCAGCCAAUAACCUCGGUGUUAUCGCCGCCGCUCUAGUGAUCUGGCUAGCCAAAUACGACGGUCGCUACUAUGCCGACCCCGGCGUCAGCAUGGGAAUAGCUUUCAUGAUCAUUUUGUCAUCUAUUCCACUCAUACGAAGAUCCGGACUGAUCCUCCUGGAGAGUGCUCCAAUUGGACUCGACUUAAAUGACGUGCAACAUGAUCUUGAGAAGGUUCCCGGCGUGCACUCCGUUCACGAGCUGCAUAUCUGGCGUUUGAAUCAGCAGAAAACUCUCGCAUCGGUGCACGUUGUUGUUUCCGAUCCGUCAGUGAGCACCUUUCUUAAGACCGCCAAAACAAUUAACGAAUGCUUUCAUGCCUAUGGUAUUCAUUCUGCAACAUUGCAGCCAGAGGCGCUAUCGGAGUUUGAGAACGAUGUCGUGCACCCGCACGGGGAGAAAUUACCUCGGUGUCAAGUGGUGUGUGGGACAUUGUGUGAGGGGCUGACCUGCUGCGGAUGA